AUGUCAAGUUGUCAUCUUGCUCGGUUGUAUUCAGAGCAACAUGAUUGUUUCAAUGAGAUGAUUAAAUUUCUCGGCUCUGCUGAUCGGUAUUAUUUACUGUAUUUUCUCUCAGUUUCUAGAGAUGAAGAACAAGUUGAUGAACUGUUAAAUCGCUUCGGAAUGGAAUUGAUAAAGAGCAGAAUGGAAAUUUAUAGGAGAGUAGUAAAUUGUAUUGAAGGAAUGAUUGUAGAAGAAGGAUCAAAAUCUAAUUGGAUUGUAGAUGUAAAUCAAUAUAGAAAGUUAUUGCAAUUAUAUAGGAAUUUACCAAAAUUUGAAGAAUUGAAAGAGAACAGUUUGAAAGAGAAUAAGACUUUUAUUAUUUACCAAUUAGAAUUGUUAGGGUUGAGAUUAAAAUCUGUCAAGACAUUAUUUCACAUCUUUAGAGAAAUGAUUAAUUUUGAAAGAGAAUUAUUAGAAAGUUCUCUACCAAAAUAUGAUGUUGGUAAAUCACCUUCUGUUGUCAUGGAACGAGCAAGUAGUUUAACAUCAACCCCUUUACGGCUGAAUAUUGGAAUUAUAGGGCUUCCUAAAAGUGGAAAAUCCAGUUUACUCUGUUCUUAUUGUACUAAUUACUUCCCAGAAGAUGGUAUGAUAGAAAAGGCGUCAUUGUUUGAAGCAAAUAUUAUGAUUGAUGGAUGUGUGAUAAUGUGCACAAUGCAGUCUAUGUCCUUGUCAAAUGAGAAGAUUGUUCAAGAAGUUAUCAAACAGCCUUUUGAUGUUGUGGCUUUUACUUGUAAAUGUACAGAACUGAAUAAUCUUGUGGAUGAUGAACAAUUAUUUGAGAAACAUAUUCUUCAGAAUUUGAGAAAACUUGUCAUGAAUUUUCCCCUUAUUCCAAUUCACAUUAUAAUAACAGGAAAGGAUUUGGAUGCCUACUCACUAGCAGGACAACUUACUCUGGAAAGAAAAUUUCAUAACUUUCCACAUCUCGUACAAAUAGGUUACUGUUCAAGCUUAACACAACAGGGGCUCAAAUCAGUCUUUGAUGAAAUAAUGAAAUGUAGAUUUGGUUCUAGCUGUAAGAAUAUUAAAUGUACAUUAGAUCACACAGCUAACAAUUCUACAAUCACCCCUCCAGCAGGCAACACUCUCAGCUCGGCUGUUUCCAUCAAGAAUAAUGUAGCAAGUGGAGUAGCAAAGAGCCAAAAACAAGGAGACAACAAGAACAAAAACCACAAGAAUGGUCUUGGAGCUAAUCCUCCUUCCACUGUUAACAAGUCAAAGGGAGAUGAAAGAUUACCUAAACUUGUACCAAUUACUUGUGAAAAGGGAGAUGAAUGUGCUAACCGUGAAUGCUUGUACGAACACAAUAACAGAAAAAAGUGCCAGCAUGGAGCAGAAUGCUUCAAAAUUUGCUGUACUUUUGAUCACUCAUCAUUGUCGAAUGCUAGCACUUUCAAUAAGAGACAACAAAGCAAGAUGAAAGAAAGGAAAACUUUGGUUGAAUCUGACAGUGAUGAUGACAGCUCUACUGAUGAAACAAUGUCAGUCAUCAGUGAUUCUAGUAGUGUUGUAUCAAACGGUUUAGAAUUCUUAGACAAUGAUUAUUCAUUCGAAGAGCAGCUUCUCCCUGAUCCAUUUGGUUCAUUUAUUUUGGAUACCUACUCUUCUAACAAAUCCAAAAUCAAAGAGGUGGAUGAAGCGUACUUUGAAACUUCCAAGAUGAAGAGCCAGUUUGGAAUACGACUUAAAGAUAUUCAACGUAAGAACAGGGAAAAUGUCAAGCUGUUAGAAUCUGACUAUGAAAAGUACAUAGAAAACAAACUUGCCAUAAAAUCUGAAGAAACCCUACUGUUAGAGCAACAGGCCACCUUUGAAAUCCAAACUAAGAGAAUUUUGGAAUCAAAGGAUUCCUCUAAACCUAUUUCUAUUGAUUCAUUGAAAGCCUAUGACCUGAUUGAAAAACCGUCUCCUAAAGAUUUGACGUUUCAAUUAGCUAAACUGAUAAGUCUUGGGUUUGUAGAGAUUACUGGUGCUAACCUUUUGCGUAUUACCAAAUCAGGUCAAAUUGCAUCUCAACUCUAUAUGGAACCAUCUGUUUCCAAGAUGAUUAUUGAAGGAAUUGAAAAUGGAAUUUCAUCUGAUAUUUUAAAAGUUGCUGCUAUUACAACUGUAUCUAACAUUGUUUUCCAAAGAUCUAAGGAUGGAAAAGACAAGGAUGAUAUUUCGAUUAGCAAGCUUUCUUCCUCUCAACAGGAAGGAGAUUUAUAUUCUCUCUAUUUGCUAUUUGAACAAUUUUUGAAGAAAAAAUCUAAAGAAAGAUCACAAUUUUGUAAGGACAAUCAUUUGAAUUAUUCUGCAUUCAAUAUGGCCUUCGCAACCUUGAAAGAUCUUGAGAAGAGUAUUAAAUCCCUUAACUCUGAAAGUAUCAAUGAUAAGAACACUUCUGAGGAACUCAAAAAGAAAGUAAUUUUGGAUUCUAUUAUUUGUGGUUUAUUCUCUAACUUUGCGUACUAUAUAGGAAAGAGUAGUAAUGGAAAUUUCAUCUAUAAGUUAUUGGAAUUGAAUUUAGAAGCUUGUCUCCAUCCAUCAUCUGUAUUAUUUUCAGAAGAAAAACCUCCUUCAUAUGUUCUCUUCUAUGAACUUAUGAGAACUGAAAAGCUCUACAUGAAAAACGUCACCCCUGUAGAUAUUAAUAUUAUACAAAAGUAUAACCAAUCUUUUAACUAUAGUCGUAUCAAACAAUUUGUCAAAAAACCUUAUAACAAGAAAAUUCCUAAAUCUGCUCUUCCUCUUUUGAAAGCAAGAGGUGGAGAGCUUUUAGAACAAUUAGAGAAAGAACUUGGCGUGUUGGUCGAAGUCGAUGAAGAAAUGAAUGAGUUGAGAAUGGAAUUAUCUGAAAAUGAAGAGCAAGAAAACAAACCAAAAAUUGAAAAAUUCUGCAAACAGAUUGAGGAAAGAAUUUCCAAACAAUUAUACGAAUAUGUUCCUAAUGAUCAAAAGAAUAUCAGAGUCUUGGUUGGUUCUGGUCUAAAUGUUGUAAAAAUCCUAACCUCCAAGGAGUUUGUAAGAAUUAACUUUAAAAUAGCUAUUGAGCAGAAGAGUGCCUGUGAUAUUGAGCAACUAUUUGUGAAAUAUGGACCAGUAUGGGAGUUUGUGACAUAUCCAAACAAUACAAGCGCACAGAAAUUGGAGGGCUAUGUUACCUUUGAAGACAGCAUAGUUGCAGAAAGAGUUUAUUCCGAGUUGAAGAAUGAAACUUUUAUUCAACUUUUCCCAUCUAGUCUCAGUGAAAAUACACAGCUGCAAAUAGAUGAAAAUGUUCCCUUUAUUCAACUUAAAUAUUACCUUACUCCUUGCAAAGGAAAAGCAGUGGUUGAAUUUCCUAACAACCAAUCUGCUAUAGAGGCAAAUCAAGUUUUGAAUGGUUCACUUGGGAAAGUUCAAAUCAAACAAAACAAACUCGCUUUUGAUCAACUUUCUACCGAUUUCACAGAGUCACAUUUAGCAGGUGUUCUUUUUAAAAACAAACUUCCUUACACACAAAUUUUUUUCCACCGAGAUGAGUGUAACAAUCUGAUUGACUUAGAAAUGAUUACUACACAACUGCACUCUUUAUUUACACAAUUUCCAGGAUUAGAAGUUAUGGAAUUGUUGCCAUUAGCUGAAAAGGAAAGUAAGAAAUUCAUCAAAGCUCUAGUUAAGUAUAAUAACAAGAGGAGUGCUGACACAGCCAUUGCAACAUUACAAGGGACUACUUUUGGAAAUGGAAGUUUACAAUUAUAUUAUAAGACCGAUUCAAUUACUAUUCCAAAAAAUGUUUUUGAAAGUCUUAACAAGAAAAAUGUGUUGAGUGCUGUUUUUGAAAGCAUAUACUAUGAGCACCAAAUCAAAGUGUCUUUCAAUGAGAUCAUUCAAGAACCCAAUAAGAAAAUGACUGAAACUGGUAACAGUGGAAAAAUCAAGUUUGAAGCAGUUUCAAAUUUGUCAGAGUUUGAAAAGGCCAAAAAGAAAGUUAAUGAGAUAAUCUCACACACAAUAAUCAAAAUAGCAUUCUCCUUGAAAGCUAACGUUCAAAGAAGAUUCCCCAAAAUCAAGGAGGAUACAACAAAAAGGUAUCCUGAGAUUUUACUUGCUUUUGAUUCUCGAUCAUCAUCUAUCAAAGUAUUUGGACCUCAAAGGGAUUUUGUUGCAAAGGAAAUAUCUGGCACUAUUCAAGCCAGUAAAAUUAGAGAAAUCAAAUUAAGAAACAUGAAAGCAAUUGUAGGAAAUGGAGGAUCUUCUUAUGAUGACAUUAAAAAGUGUAUUAAGGGGAGUAUACAUUUGAACCUUAAGAAAAGAACAUUAGAGGUUGAUUCUUCAGAGGCUGAUUUUGAAACUGUAAAGAAGAAAGUUGAAGAAAUUGAAUCAACCCAUAGUGGCGCUUCUUCAACAAAUGAAUGCGAUAUUUGUUGUAAUGAUAUUAACCCAAACAACCUUACAUUUUGUGGACACACAUGUUGUCAAGCAUGUCUAGCUCUCCAAGUAGAUGGUUUCAACAUUGAAUCAGGUCUUCUUUGCUGUAAUUACUGCCAACAACCAUUACCUUUUAUGGAUAUCGUAUGCUCCUUUGAUAAUGAUGCCAAGAAACUCACUCAACCAUGUAACAUUCUCCUUGAGAAGUACAUUACAUCUAAUAAGACUAAAUGGACAUACUGUAAUACUUGUCAAAAUCUAUCGAGAGUAACAGGAGUUCAAUCAUACUAUUGCAUCGUUUGUGAUAAGGACUAUUGUUUGAAAUGUCACAAAAAUGCACACCAAGGACCUUGUGUUGAUUGUGAGAAACUUUUUGAAGAAUACAAGAGGAGACAUACCAAGAGUUGUCCACAAUGCCACACACCUAUUGAAAAGAAUGAGGGAUGUAACCAUAUGACCUGUAGAGCUUGCCCAAAUCAUUUUUGUUGGCUUUGUGGAUAUAGUGCAACUUCAAGUGGUCCAAUUUACAACCAUCAAUCAAGUUGUAAUGGCGAUAAAUAUUUCUAAUUUAAUAAUUAAAUAAAUAUUUUAUAAAUAUAUAAUUU